UUUCGAAUCAAAGCAUAGCCACUGACUGGAAUUUCAGUGUGUUGCUGUCAUUUUGAUGUUUUCGUCUGGCCUGCAUCAGUUCUACCAGACACUUCCUGUGAGGAUGGGGGCAGGAGCUCUGGCCGUCUGCCAAAGUAAAGCAACAGUUCGGCUGAAAGAAGACAUGAAAAAGAUAGUGGCGGUGCCACUAAGUGAGCAGAGGGAGUCUACCUAUAAGAAGCUGUUUGGCGUCAGCCUCCAAGACCUUCAGCAGCAGGGACUCGCUGAGAAUGGCGUGCCCGCCGUAGUGGGGAAGAUAGUGGAGUACCUGACAAAGAACGGACUCACCCAGGAAGGCCUGUUCAGGGUGAAUGGCAACAUGAAGGUGGUGGAACGACUCCGGCUGCAGUUCGAGAGCGGAGUGCCCGUGGAGCUGGGGACAGAAGGCGACGUGUGCGCAGCCGCCAGUCUGCUGAAGCUCUUCCUCCGGGAGCUGCCCGACGGCGUGAUCCCCUCGGCCCUGCGUCCCCGCUUCGUCCGGCUCUUCCAGGAUGACAGAAAGGAUGCUCAGGAGAGUAGCUUAAGAGACUUAAUAAGAGAGCUGCCAGACACGCACUACUGCCUCCUCGCGUACCUCUGCCAGUUCUUGACAGAAGUAGCCAAGCACCAUGUGCAGAAUCGCAUGAAUGUGCACAAUCUCGCCACUGUAUUUGGGCCCAGUUGCUUUCAUGUGCCACCUGGGCUUGCAUGCAUGAAAGAACAAGACCUCUGCAACAAGAUAAUGGCUACGAUACUAGAAAAUUACAAUACCCUGUUUGAAGUAGAGUACACAGAAAAUGAUAACCAGAGGCGUGAAAACCGAAUGAAGCUUAUCAUAGUAAAAGAAGCCAGUUGUAAGAACUCCUUACCCAUCCUUCUAACAAAAGACAUAGAAAGAGAUAUGCAAAAACCAUCUCCAAAAGCCAAGAUCCCAAAGUCCAAGAGUGAGGGGUCUAUUCAAGUCCCCCGGGCACCACAGCCAGAGCUUCCUGAUGGUGUUCCCCAGGUCAGCCUGCGGCUCAGCCGUAGGAAACCCUGCUGGGAGGACAUGCACUCAGCUGAGGACGCGGGUGGAGCCAAGUUGGUGUCCAGUUCACAGGAAGAUGAAAGACCUCUGUCACCUUUCUGUUUGAGUGCCCGUGUAUCCCAAGUCGGCAGCGCUUCGGCAACAGGAGAACUCUUAGAAAGAACCAUCCGGUCGGCUGUAGAACAGCAUCUUUUUGAUGUGAAUAGCUCUGGAGGCCAAAGCUCAGAGGACUCAGAAUCUGGAUCCCCAGCUCCCUCCACUGCAUCGGCCAGACAGCGCCGCCGCCAGUCCAAAGAGCAGGAUGAAGUUCCACGUGGCAGGGACGUGGGACUUAUCAACAAAGAAAAUAUUCCUUCUGGGUUCACCAACCCUGAUGAUUGUAUUCUGAAUGCUCAGGACAUGGAAAGUUUACAUGAAAAUGCUUCUGGUUAUAUUGGAGAAAGGAGCAAACCUAAACGUCAGAAACCCAGUUCCAAACUUUCUGAUCUCAAUGAAAAUCAAGAUGAUCUUGUGAAUAUGGAAAGUCUCAAUUCCACACCAUCUCAUGAAAGGGCCAGACCCGCUGAUGUUGAACUGAUGUCCGAUGACAGCAAAGAAAAUGAAAAAGACAGUGGACACACCCAGCAUUUUGAGAGCCCCACGAUGAAGAUCCAGGAGCACCCCACCAUCCCUGACACCAAACUGCAGAGGACUCCCGAUGUCGAUGCCCAGCAGGAGAGCUUCGCCUCAGACGUGCCCCAGCUGGACCUGACCGCAUUGUGUGAUGAGAAGAGCUGGGCAGAACCCAGGCCCACCUUGUCCUCAUGGCAGCAGGAGAACAUGGACUCUGACGAUGCGCGCCUGUCCCCGCAGGCCGGGCGCCUCAUUCGCCAGCUUCUGGACGAGGACAGCGACCCCAUGCUGUCCCCUCGGUUCUACGCUUAUGGGCAGAGCAGGCAAUACCUGGAUGACACAGAAGUGCCUCCUUCUCCCCCAAAUUCUCAUUCUUUCAUGAGGCAGCGCAGCUCCUCGCUGGGGUCCUACGAUGACGAGCAUGAGGACCUGACACCUGCCCAGCUCACGCGAAGGAUUCAGAGCCUUAAAAAGAAGAUCCGAAAGUUUGAGGACAGAUUUGAAGAAGAGAGGAAGUACAGACCCUCCCACAGCGACAAAGCAGCCAAUCCAGAGGUUCUGAAGUGGACAAACGAGCUGGCCAAAUUCCGGAAACAACUGAAGGAGUCCAAACUAAAGAUAUCUGAAGAGGACCUCACCCCCCGGCUGCGGCAGCGAAGCAACACCCUCCCUAGGAGUUUCGGUUCCCAACUGGAAAGAGAAGAUGAGAAGAAGCAGGAGGUGGUAGAUAAAGAAAUGAAGCCCAGCAUUGAAGCCACGCUGGAGUCUAUCCAGCGGAAGCUCCAGGAGAAGCGGGCAGAAACCAGUCGCCCCGAGGACAUUAAGGACAUGACCAAAGACCAGAUUGCUAAUGAGAAGGUCGCUCUGCAGAAGGCUCUGUUGUAUUAUGAAGGCAUCCAUGGACGGCCGGUAACGAAGAAUGAACGUCAGGUUAUGAAGCCACUGUAUGACAGGUACCGGCUGGUCAAACAGAUCCUGUCCCGAGUGAACACCAUACCCAUCAUUGGUUCCCCCUCCAGCAAGCGGAGAAGCCCUUUGCUGCAGCCAAUUAUCGAGGGUGAAACUGCUUCCUUCUUCAAGGAGAUAAAGGAGGAAGAGGAGGGUUCAGAAGAUGAUAGCAACACAAAGCCAGACUUCAUGGUCACUCUGAAAACCGAUUUCAGUGCCCGCUGCUUUCUCGACCAAAUCGAAGAUGACGCUGAUGGGUUUAUUUCCCCAAUGGAUGAUAAAGUACCAUCAAAAUGCAGCCAUGACACCGAGCUCUCAAAUCUGCACGCUGCUUCAAUACCAGAACUCUUGGAACACCUUCAGGAAGUGAGAGAAGAAAAGAAGAGGAUUCGAAAGAAAAUCCGUGAUUUUGAAGACAAUUUCUUCAGACUAAACGGAAGAAAUGUCCAGAAGGAAGACCGAACUCCUAUGGCUGAAGAAUACAGCGAAUAUAAGCACAUAAAGGCGAAACUGAGGCUCUUGGAGGUGCUCAUCAGCAAGAGAGACACUGAUUCCAAGUCCAUGUAAGGGGGCAGCCCCAGCUCCAGCAAGGGGGGCUGGUGAUGCACCGUGAAUUUGCCUCCCCUGGUGAACAGCAGCUCUGCAGAAACUGCCAGGCAGCCUCAGAGCUGGACCUGCAAAGCGUGUAGCCCUUCUGCCUCCAGGCCUUUGGGAUCGGCUCAGGUUUCCAUUCCUGCCGCAGAAACCACCUAGAUGAAAGGCGGCAACUGGUCCUGAUUUAGGAACUUUGUAAGGGAAAGGCAAGGUUCCCACGCACGCGCACACACAACACUGGUGUGGAAGCAUCACUAACACUCCCGUGAUGAGUCACUACAUGGACACACACUCAUCUACAGAGAGUGCACUACUCUUCCAUGGGUAACUGAGAACCAGGAGGCCAUUCUCAGUGUAACUGGGCUGAAAACCAGCUCAGGACUUCGUAGAGCAAACUUGCUGUGCAGGUCCCUGUUCUCUUUGGACCCUGUAAAGGGGGAACAUGCAUUGGAGCCCUAUUUGCUGCCUUGGCCAUUCCUGUGACCUUUCCACAGAGCUGCGCCUUCCCCCACUCGUGUGAAUCGUUCCCUGUCAGCGCUCAGGUAGAUGGAAGCUGCGUCUGCCAGAAUGGCAGUGCAGACACCUCUUUGACAAUGUGCUUCUGCGAGACUUCCUCAGCUGGCAAGGAACUGUGCCCCUGCAGGACUGGAUCAUUGGCAGAGGACAGAGGGAAUAUAGCAGACGCUAUAUUCACGCUGAUUUUGAAAUCAGGGUACAAGGUGCGGAGCCUAAAGAAGUCUUUCCUGAACAUGGACUGCACUUACAAUCUCAGAUGUUAACGUCAGAUGCUGAGCGAGGCCAGCAUGCUAAGGCAGCCUGUUUGGGGCUCGGUGUCAUGUUGCCACCAGCCACAUGUAAAGGGCCUUGCUUAAUUCAUAGCUGAGGUGUAGAGCAUCGUGAGAGAGAGAGCACCUGUGUCCUCAGCCACCUGAGUACUUACCAGAGUGUAAAUUUUUUUUUUUUUUUUUUUUUUAAGUAAAC